AGAUGAGGGUGGAGAGAGAGAGAGACGCACAAGAGGGAGGCUCACUUUCCUGCAUUCAAGCCAGUAGCCAGGGAACAGGAGGUUUGGGGGGUGAGGGGAGCUGGACUGCCUGUGUGUUUAUUGCGGCUCCUGCUUGUAUUUAUGUAGAAAGGGGGGAGGGAGGGCAAAGAAAGAAAGAAGACUAAAGGCAUUAAAAAAAGGAAAGAGGGAGGGGAUUCCAAGACAGAAAAUAACUGAUUUUUUUCUAUCCCAGGCUGCUAUCGCUGCUCUCACACCCUGCACUGUGCUGCAUGUCUCACUCUGUAUUGUAUUAGGGCUGCAGCAUUGGGGGGACCUACUUUGUGCUGCUUGUAGGCCCCUCUCUCUCUCCUGCUGCUGCUGCUCCUGCUGCAUGGGGAAAGGGGGAGGGGAGCAGAGUGGGGACAGCACUGCAGCAAGCCAGGCAGGGGGCUCUGGGAAAGUCUGGGGAUUUAACAGGCCUCUCUAACACUCAGCCAAAGGGACAGACUGAAGGGAGACAAUUAUGGAUCUGCGCUGAACUGGGGGAAAAAUACCAAGAGGAACCCAGCCUGGAAGCAUCUGAUUCACCAGCACCUGGGCACUCACUUUCUUUUAUUCGCACAAAACACCAAAAAAAAGAGGAUUUAUAUUUUACUCUUCACCACUUCUUUCCCUUUUUUGUUUACCCCAUUCAAGAUGACCUAAAAAAAAGGCCUUAUUUCAUUUUAUCGAACAAGGAUAAAAAAAAAAAAAAACGCCAGUUGGAAGAUUGGGGAGGAUCAAGAGAAAAAAAACCCCUCAGGAUUUUAUUGGAACCAGGAUCUACCCGCCUUGUUGUUGUGAGAAUAAGGAAUACGAUUCGUCAUUUUUUUUUUCUUUUUGUUUUCUUUUAAUUAUUGUUAUUUUUGGGGGAAAAAAAGGCAGUUUGUUAGUCUGAAGGGGAGACCAUGAGUGUUGUGCAGUGCAACAUGGGGCUGUGCGUCCCUUUAACAUUUAAUAAGGGAAUUUCAAUGAAUUAAAAUCCUAUCAAUUCUCCUUCCUUCCCUCCUCCUUUUUUUUUUUAAUAAUUUGCCUCCCGAGUAAAAACCUCUGGAAUUUCUUUCGGAAUAUCCUUCUGCAACCAUGAGCAUCAGUUCCGCACAGACUUCAAUAGACCGAUCCGCUUCUAAACGCUAUCCUCGUUUGCCAAGGUUGAGUAGCCUGUCAUCGGCUAGUGACGGAUCUGCCGAGCGAAGGUCUCCUGGACACCAGCGUCAGCCUUGUAACGAGAGUAACGAGUCUACAGGCCUGGUCCAGCGCUGUGUCAUUGUUCAAAGGGACCAAAAUGGAUUUGGUUUCACGGUCAGCGGAGAUCGAAUUGUUCUGGUUCAGUCUGUACGUCCAGGUGGGGCAGCAAUGCGAGCUGGGGUGCAGGAGGGAGACCGGAUUGUGAAGGUCAACGGCACGCUGGUGGCUAACAGCUCACACAUCGAAGUGGUCAAGCUGAUUAAAUCCGGUGCUUACGUGGCUCUCACUCUCCUGGGUUCUCCACCUCCAUCCAUGGGCAUGUCUGGGUAUCAGCAAGACUUGAGCUCCUCUGUGUCCCCACGUAACAUAUUAGUGUCGCCAAUUCCUCCACCUCCACCACCUUUGCCGCAGUCGCAUCACAUCACAGGACCUAAACCCUUACAGGACCUCGAUUUCCAAAAGCAUGCUACGGAAAUUCUUUGGAACAUGUUAAAGCAGGAGGAAGCAGAUCUACAGAAUCUGUGUGAUGUGUAUAACAGAAGCCCUAACCCCAGCCUGCAGGAGCAGAUAGAGAGGGCCAGGAAGAGGGUGCAUCAGCUGCAGCAUAAGAUAAGGCCAGAAAUACCCAGUACUGGGAAUUUGCUGCGUUCAUACAGUGACUGCAGCUCUGUGGUGUAUAAAGUCAAAGAAGGUCGCUUUUCUGUUGAUUCUCAGGAUGGAGACAGUGGCCUGGAUUCGGGAACUGAACGGAUAUCAUCGUUGAGUGAGUAUUCCAUGAAUCGGAAUUCUGUCCUGUCAGACCUCGGAAUGGACAGCUCCCACACCUCCCCAAUCAUCCCAACGAAACUGUUUCACCACCACCAUCGGCGGCACGGGUCAGACACCACCUUUAUUGCCACGUCUGAGCAGGUAUCAGAUCAUAGGAGGUCUACGAUAAUCGGGCCAGAAGAGGACUGUGACCAUGGAUAUUACAUGACAGAGCAGUCAGAUGGUCUCUUCCAAGAUCUGGAAAAGUUAAAGACCCGGCCAGCCCAUAUGGGGGUGUUUCUACGUUAUAUCUUCUCCCAGGCUGAUCCAAACCCACUGCUCUUUUACCUGAGUGCUGAGGCCUGUCAGCAUUUGAGUACAACAGACGCCUUCACAUUGAGGAAAGAAGUCUGGAACAUCUUCCUUGACAAAAGUGCACCACUGAGGGUUAAAAUCCCUGAUCAGCUACUGAAUGAAAUUGAAUCCCGUUUGCGGAACUCGGAAGAUAUCCGUGGUGUGUUUAGUGAAGCCCAGGAGGCGAUGCUGCCAGAGAUACAGGAGCAGAUACAGGAUUACAGGACGAAAAGGACCAUGGGAUUAGGGAGCCUGUACGGGGAGAAUGACCUGUUCGACCUUGAGAUUGACCCUCACAGAGAACGUCAUGUUGCUGCUAAACAGAUUGCACAGCUGGAGGACAUACUAUCAAAGUAUGAGAAAGAGAUCAGCUCGCCCAUGGCCUUUGCCUUGAGCAUGUAUGUGAAGUACGCUGGGAUCCACACUCAAGAUAUCCGUCCCGCCAGCAUCUCCGAAAAAAGCAUCCCCGACAGGGAAAAGUGGCUCCCGUUCUUCCCUAAGAACAAGAAAAGCAGCAACGCCAAAAAGGAUAAAGAGUCGGCUGAGGACAAGAAGCGCAACCCCAUCCUUAAGUAUAUUAACAAGCCCAAGAGUACGUCUCAGAGUACAUUUCAUGUUCCUUUGUCCCCUGGUGAAGUUAAACCCGGGAAUGUGAGAAACAUUAUCCAGCACUUUGAAAACAACCAACAAUAUGAUGUUCCCGAACUUAACCUACAGCGGCUUUCAACCGGGAGCUUCCCUGAAGAUCUACUGGGCUCUGACAGCAUCAGGUCGGAGGUGAAACUGGGCCGGUCAGAAAGCUUAAAGGGACGGGAAGAGUUGAAGAAAUCCCGCAAAUUGGACAAUGUUCCUCGAUCUCGCAGUGACGUAGAUAUGGACGCGGCAGCUGAGGCUACACGGCUACACCAGUCGGCUUCAUCCUCUGCAUCCAGCCUAUCCGCAAGGUCAUUGGAUAAUCCUACCCCACCCUAUACUCCCAAAUUAUGUCGAAGGAGCAUGGAGUCGCCCAAUUUGGGGUUGACUGGAGAAUUGCUGCUCUCCAACCUGCAGGAGGACGACCUGGGUCACCUCUCUGACCUUGACCCUGAGCCCGACGCACAGAACUGGCAGCAUACGGUGGGUCGGGACGUGGCGUUGCACCUGCCACCCAAAGAGAGGGCACGGCAAGAGGUGAUACAUGAGCUGUUUGUGACAGAAGCCUCCCACCUUCGGGUCCUACGAGUUCUGGAUCUCGUUUUCUACCAGAAGAUGCGCAAGGAGAACCUGCUGACCCCAGAUGAGCUCUGGCUUGUCUUCCCCAAUCUCCCAGAACUGAUUGAGAUCCACAACUCGCUGGCAGAGUCAAUGAAGCGGGUGAGAGAAGAAGGGCCAAUCAUCAAAGAGAUCGGUGACCUCAUGCUUUUGCAGUUUGAUGGAGCUUCAGGGGAGGAAGUCCGAAUGGAAGCAGCCAAGUUCUGCUCGUACCAGACAUCUGCCCUUGAGUUGAUCAAAGCCAAAAAGAGGAAAGAGACCCGGUUCAGUCUCUUCAUGCAGGAAGCUGAAAGCAACCCCCAGUGCCGACGACUGCAGCUGAAGGACCUGAUUGUGUCUGAGAUGCAACGGCUGACCAAGUACCCUCUGCUGCUGGAAAACGUCCUUAAGCACACAGACUCCGGGACUCAGGAACAUGAAAAGCUGUACCGUUGCCGUGAUCGGUGUCGAGAUAUUCUGAAAUAUGUCAACGAGUCCGUCAAACAGGCAGAAAAUGAACAUCGACUGGCUGAGUAUCAGAAGCGACUGGACGCAAGCCACUUGGAGCGGUCGAAUAAUCCUCUAGCUGGAGAGUUUAAGAACUUAGACCUGACCACAAGGCGAAUGAUACAUGAGGGGCCUCUCACCUGGAGGGUAACAAAAGACAAGAAUAUAGACUUGCAUGUUCUCUUGCUGGAAGAUCUCCUCGUAUUACUUCAGAAGCAGGAUGAGAAGCUGGUGCUCAAAUGCCAUAGCAAGACCGCCAUGGUCUCCACCGACACCAAACAAACCUUUAGUCCGGUCAUUAAGCUGAAUUCUGUCCUUGUUCGCUCGGUGGCUACAGAUAAAAGAGCCCUGUUUAUUAUCUGCACUUCAGACUUGGGACCUCAGAUCUACGAGCUGGUGGCACUGACAUCCUCAGAGAAAAACACGUGGAAGGAUUUAUUGGAAGAAGCAACCAAUGGUGCCAUGAGGAAUCCUCCCGGUGUCACCAAACGGAAAUCCCAGGACAUCAAUAGACCAACCUCUGCCAGCAUGGUCCUACAGAGAGCCCACAUGCCCAAAGUCUUGGCAGAAGGAGUUCUAAGACAUAACAGUGAGGACCCUCAAUCAGGUGAUGAGAGCGCUGGGGAAUUCUUAGGCCACCAAAAGCCAGAUGUCGUCCUAGAGGAAUCGGAAAGGGAGGAAGAUGAAGAAGAUGAAGCUCGGACACCUACCCUGCUGCCUAUCCCAUCUAAAGAGGAGGAUGCCGGAGGUGGGACACGGGGGUUAGACUCUUCCAACCAUAUUCCCUACCAGUGGCCUGCAGUGACUGAAGGGCUGGCUGAGUCUGCACUGGAUGAUGUUCAUAACCUCCGCCAGUUGAUCUUGAAGAACAUGCUCCACCACGGCCAUUCCGAGUACAACUCUUGCUCUGCCCCAGUGGCUGAGCCUGAAGAUGACCUCACGCCUACGCCUUCCAUCAUUGGAGGACACGGGCACCCAUGGGACACUAUGACAGACGCAGUAUUAGAAAAUCUAGGCGGAGAUCAGACUACUGAAGAGAAGGAGACCUCUGUUCCACCAUCAGUUAGCAGCUCUGAGAGCAGCAGGUCUGUUUUGAACUUUCCUCAUGGAGAUAGACCAGGUUCCAGAGAUGGGGAGGAGACUGCUUGGAGUUUGGUUGAACGCUACCCACAAAGCAGUUCUGUUCAUCAGAACCAAUCAGAGCAACUACACUGUGAGGACCAUAGUAACCAAAGCUACAGAGUUGUUAGAACAGCUGAGGUGGUGGGAAAUUAUGAUGUCAUACCGUUGCCAGACAGCAGCCAAUCACAGAGUGUGUUGCAGGAAGCUGGCGGUGGAGCUAUUGUAGAUGGAAAUUUCUUUUAUGUAACUGCGUCUACGGCUUCUGCAGCUUCUGCAAAGGAAGAUAAUGAAGUCUCAGAAUCCCAAAUGAACUCUGACCGGGCGGGCUUGUCCUUCUUGGAAUCUCAAGAGUCAAACCACACGCCAACUUACCAGCCAGAACUUGCCACCCCACCAUCAAGGAAUACAGAAAGAGAUCCACUUUCAUCGGAUCUCCUGCCCCCAAAACUUGUCAUUCAGGAAGUAGAUAUUAUCUUCAGGACGAUAGAGCAGCUGACGGCCAAACUCCACAGGCUGAAGGUAGUAGAGUCAGCCCAUCAGGAGCUUCUGCGAUCCUUAGGAAGAAGUGCCACAGAAGACCAUUACCAUGAGAGAGAGCACAUGGCAGAGAAGGAUAAUCAAGCUCAGAAGCAUCAGGGGUCCAAUUUGAACAGCUCCUCUCUAUUCUUUGUGAAGAACAGCAUAUCGGUCUCGCUUCAUCGAGAUGGCAAUACAGACCCACAGGAAGAUGCUAUAAAUCUGGCCAUGGGAAUAUAAGAAAGCCAAUCAAGGCCCUAGAACUACUGCGGUGCCUUAACAACUGCUUUUCAGUCCUAUUAUUUCAGGAGUGGAGCCCACACAUAUCGCACGCAGGCACGGCACUGCAAGGAAACGCAAAAUAAACUUUUUUUGGGGUAAAAAAAACAAACUGGAAUUGUUAUUUUUGAAGAAGAAAAAAAAAGCAUGUUAGCUUAAUAAAUUAUAUAUAUAUAUCUAUAUAUAUAUAUAUAUAUAUAUAUGUAUAGUUCUAUAACUAUUUAAAAAAAAAUGCAUACCUUAUUGCCCCCCAUGCAUGCUGUUGCUGUGGACUUGCCCUUAUGAUGAUGGCCGUGGCAGAAGCGUGGACCGUUCCAAAUAUGGGGGGGGAAUGCCCUGUCUUUCUUUUCCUGCAGCCCCUGCACUGUGUGGCAAGUCUGUCCUGUAGCAAAUGCACUAUUUCCCCAUGACGAGAGAAGCUCAAGGCACAAGGGGGGCUGCCUCUUUUUCCCCCCUUUUUGUAUAAAUAUGUAUGUAUGUGCAUUUUGUUUUAUUUUGUAAAUAGGUUUUUUGCCCCCCGCCCCGUCCCCUUUCUUCCAACUUGUAAUAAAAGAGGCUUUUUACCA